GUGCCUGUCAUAUACCAUUGAUCUUAUAACGAGUUGUUUCAAAACGUAUCUAACCAGCUUGGCUUCCUUCCAUAUUGAUGGCCGUCACAUCUUUGGAAUGUACCAUUUUUGGGUUCCAUGGGUCGUAGGGUUUCGAAAUAGUUUCACUGUGUCGAUUAGUCUUGACAUACUGUGAGACAAUAUUUAAAUAUAGUAUAUGAUUAAUUAUUACAUGUAAUGUUUCGCAAAAUGGUAUUGAAUCGUCACAUAAUUAAACCGACAUUUAUCGGAUAACAAUUCAAGCUCAAAUACAAUGGAAUGGCCCGCCAUAUUGAGCAUCCCGCCAAAAGAACUUGCGCGAGGAAGAAAGUGUGUGUCAGGUAGCAGCUGGUGUUAAAAUGUCUUCGGAACAAGUUGAAAAACUCGAAAAGAAAGUUAGAAGACCCGAGUGUGCUCGCUGUCGUAACCACGGCAUCAUCAGUCAUUUGCGGGGUCACAAACGAUUUUGUCAGUUCACUAACUGCAUGUGUGCAAACUGUAUACUGAUUGCACAGAGACGAAAGGUUUCUCGGGAGCAAAUAGCAUUACGAAGGCGCCAGGAACAAGACGAGGCAGCAGGGCUGUUCAUUCCAGUUCCAGAAAACUUGUUGAAUGGUCGCAGUAGCGAUACAAUUGGCUGUCAUCUGAAGAUGCUGAGGCAGAAGUUCCCUAACAUGAGUUUAGGCCGGAUCCAUGCUGUACUGAAGGACACAGGAAACAUGGAACAGACUAUUGCUAGACUACAGAAAGAGGAGCUGGGGAGAGAUGGAUCUGAUGGCACCUGGAAAGUCAAUUACAGCCUAGGUUCAAGCAUGGUGGCCAAGUCUGAGCCUCCUCUCCUGCCCAGUGAGUACUGUGGGGGCAGCAGCUACUACUCCCGCGCCCCGUCGUACAGCUCCCUCCACCAUCUGUACAGCACCUACCCCACCUACUGCAAGACCAGUCCAACCAGCAGUCCCCUCCACACCUACAAUGUAGCAGACUACCAGUACGCACAGCCACCGCAGUUCCUUCCAUCUGCCCCUCCCGUCACCAGCCACACACCCCAAGGGUAUCAGCUGAUCAACGCCAUGGACCUCCCAUACAGUGAGACGGCCUCCACUGAACCUGGGCUGUCCACAAAAAGCUUUACUCAGUACACCAGUCUGCGUGAUGAAGCUGAUGAGGUCCGGAAGACGUCAACCAACCAGUCCCCCAGUAGGCUUUCAUCAGAUGAUGAAGGCGCCCUCAUGAUAGACUGUUGACAGCAUUCAGUGAUGUCAGCCUCUCCCAACCAGUCCCCAGUAGGCUUUCAUCAGAUGAUGAAGGCGCCCUCAUGAUAGACUGUUGACAGCAUUCAGUGAUGUCAGCUUCCCCAACCAGUCCCCACUAGGCUUUCAUCAGAUGAUGAAGGCGCCCUCAUGAUAGACUGUUGACGUCAUUCAGUGAUGUCAGCUUCCCCAACCAGUCCCCCAGUAGGAUUUCAUCAGAUGAUGAAGGGGCCCUCAUGAUAGACUGUUGACGUCAUUCAGUGAUGUCAGCUUCCCCAACCAGUCCCCCAGUAGGAUUUCAUCAGAUGAUGAAGGCGCCCUCAUGAUAGACUGUUGACGUCAUUCAGUGAUGUCAGCUUUCCCAACCAGUCCCCAGUAGGCUUUCAUCAGAUGAUGAAGGCGCCCUCAUGAUAGACUGUUGACAGCAUUCAGUGAUGUCAGCUUCCCCAACCAGUCCCAAGUAGGCUUUCAUCAGAUGAUGAAGGAGCUUUGAUUGUUUCAAAUUAACUAUGAGUCUGGGGGUGCUCAGUGUUCAAAGUUGAGCAUUAACAGCAAGGGUUCCUGUCAUUGCCUUCAUUCUAAAAGUAUACAAUAGGAGAAAAUCUCAAGACCCCCCCUCCCCCAUUAAUUCCAAAACGUAUGUUCUUGUGCAAUGUUUAAAGAGAAGAAAUAAGGGAGUCGCUAUAUUCAAAUACUGAGAAGAAAACUUCAAGGAGCCCAGGGCCCUGUUGAUAGACUGAUGUCCUCAAGUCAUGAUUGAAUUGCCAAACAGGGAUAUAAAUUAACCAAGAACGUCUUCUAGCCCUAAUGGUGCAAACAUAUGGCAAUACUACCAAUCACCCACCCACCCCCAAAUGUUUGAAAUUCUACUUCCCCAUAUAGGAUAACUUUAAAGUUAACAAAGCUGGCCGGGCUGGCAGGCAAUGUCUGAUUUCUUUCCCUGCCAAUACUAAUCUACAUUUGCGCAAACUGACCCUUAGAAUCAUUACGUUUGAGAUUUAUGUUAACUGGGGUAUCACCUAAAUGUGCCACAGCCUGUCACCCAGGGUAGGGGAGACUACAUUCCAUUGCUAUUUACUGUGCAAAGAUGAUUUCUGUCUUUCUCAAAUAAUAAAUUCUUGAUAUGGACUUUCUGCUUCCUGGUGGUGGUAAGUAACGUAUAUAGAUAUGCACGGGUGAGAACCUUUCGGAUCCGCAAAUUUAAGUGACCACAAACUUGUUAAAAUCUGAUGGCUUCCUUCAUAAACACCCCCAAAUUAUUGACCGAGCUCCAUUGUUUCAGCUGAAAAGGAAAAUAUCCAUUCUCAUCCCUGGAUAUGUGUCUAUAUUAUGUGUAGCAAAGCUUUGCAAUGGAGGUAUUGGAACCGUGUAUACAGAAUGCAUUAUCGGUAAGACACAAAGUAGCCUUGACAACUUGAAAUUAUGGGAGAGUUCUCUGUACAUAAUAAAAAGAGAGUGAGUAAAUUAUUAAUGCUUCAGUCCGCAAUAAUCACGACAUUCUCAUCUGGAAUGAUGGCACCCAAUCAGCCAAGUCACCCAGUGCAACUCGUCUCCUGUUGCGACCAGAACUAGGAAGCUGGACCCCAUCCUAUCCCCCACCCCCAGUCCCAAAACAAUACAAGUACACAUAUUACAGGUUUUAAAAAAAAAUCAUUAACAAAUGUGUGUAACUUCCAUAACGAAAAAAGCUUUCACUAGUAUGUUCUUCAACUAGAUGUAAUGUUACCUCUUGAGUGCAAGAGAACAAAACUGAAACCUAUUGAGAACAACUUCAAAUGCUUGAUACAUGUUGAGUUAUGUUUGUGCUAGUAAUUUGAUCAGACUUCACGAUUGUUUACUUCAUAUGUGGGACAUUUUGUGAGAGUAAAAGAUGUCCUUAUAGAUGUUUGCCAUCACUGACCGUUCUUGGCAACACCAUCAAAUGUGACGUUCGUCUUCUUUUAGUUUUUAAACAAUCAUAUUACAAACAUAUUUAGAAGUCAGUUCAGUAGGUCAUGUGUUGCAUGCUUACAGUUAAGGUGCAUUAUUAACUUGUCAAACCAAACGUCCAUGCAAGUUUGUGUCCUGGCUCAUUUUUUAAAGACAACACUAUUUUCUCGGAUCAUGAGGUCUUUGAAACUUGCUGUGUGAACAAUCCCAGCAAUAACUGGAAAAAUAAAUGUUAUCGGAAUGUAAUCAUGGAAGCCCUGUAAACAUGGUAUAUCAGUUUGGUUCCCUUGGAUAUUGCCAUAUGAUUAUAUAUAAAUUUAGAAUUGAUGUAGUUGAUGUGGAAAACAUGUAUUAUAUUUUGCAAGGAUGCUGCUAGCAUUGCCAUUGAUUGAUUAGUUAAUAACAUAUAUGAUACUUCACUCCAAUUAUUUGAAAAGUGAUCUUAUAUUAAAAUCCACUAAGCCAUGCCUGGCUAAUGGCGUGACUCCCUUUGAUGAUGUUGAAGUAACAGCAGCAUGUCCUUUAUGUUGUCCAAGUGACUGAAGACGCGUUGGUAUAAUGGUAGUUAUACAGUGGGUGUUUUACUUUUCAAUAGGUUUCUAAAUGUUUGCUUUUUUGGUUAAUUGCCACUUGAUCAGUAUGAAUUACUUCUUAUCAUGAUACAGUGUGUUGAUUUGUGUUUUGGAAAUAUGAAAUAUGUUUACAUUUCAUAGUUUAUUUUUGUACAAUAAAGUUUAUCCUGCCUACUGCA